UCGUGAGAAGUUAAAACUAGUCUAGUAUUGGGCCGGUUAACGUAUGGGCGGUAUGGCCCAAAUGUUUUCUACGGUUACUACACAUAGAAACGUCCCCCUUCGGUUUCUGCCUCCCCCCAUUCGACAAUUCAGCCUUCCUCAUCCAUCCAGGUGUUGAAAUGAAUUCCACAGCACCUAUCCCCGAACUCCGCCCAUUUUCAAUCAAACUCUGGCCCCCAAGUGAAACCACUAGGAAAAUCUUGGUGGACCGGAUGACCAACAACCUGUCUACACCGACCAUUUUCACCCGCAAGUAUGGUAGUUUGAACAAGGAUGAUGCUCAUGAAAAGGCCCAACAGAUUGAAGGCAUUGCAUUUUCUGUGGCUGACCGUCACUAUGACAAGGAGCCUGAUGGUGAUGGGAGCUCGGCAGUCCAGCUUUAUGCUAAAGAGUGUAGUAAGCUCAUCAUAGAAGCUCUGAAGAACGUCCCUAAAGUAUUUUCUGACUUUCAAACGGAAUCUAAGAGUGAUGAGAAAGAGACCCUGCAGUCUAACACUGCUCCUACUUCCUAUGAUACUGUUUUUGAUAUCUCAAAGGGUAAAAGGGAGUUUAUAGAGGCUGAAGAAGCAGAGGAACUUUUGAAGCCAUUGAAAGAGCCAGGAAACACUUACACAAAGAUAUGUUUCAGCAACAGAAGCUUCGGGUUAGGAGCGGCCCACGUCACAGGGCCCAUCUUGGAAUCCCUCAAGGCCCAACUCAAGGAAGUUGACCUGUCAGACUUCGUAGCAGGUAGACCAGAAGCAGAAGCUCUUGAAGUCAUGAAGAUAUUCUCAGAAUCUUUAGAAGGUUGUGUCUUAAAGUCUCUCAAUCUGUCAGACAAUGCAUUAGGGGAGAAGGGUGUAAGGGCUUUUUCCAAGCUCCUGAAAUCCCAAACCUUACUGGAAGAACUGUUUUUGAUAAAUGAUGGUAUUUCAGAGGAAGCCGCACGGGCAGUUUGUGAAUUAGUUCCUUCCACAAAUAAUCUUAGGGUUCUUCAUUUUCACAAUAACAUGACGGGUGAUGAAGGAGCCAUGGCUAUUUCUGAGAUGGUGAGCCGUUCUCCGUCAUUGGAGGAUUUCCGGUGCUCUUCAACUAGGGUGGCAUCUGAAGGUGGUAGUGCUUUGUCUAAAGCACUCGAGACAUGUACUCAUCUCAAGAAGCUUGAUUUGCGGGACAACAUGUUCGGGUCCCACGCCGCUGAAGCAUUGAGUGAAGCACUCUCCAAACAUGAAAACCUAUCUGAGGUUUACCUUUGUUACCUCAAUUUGGAGGACAAGGGAGCUGCUUUGAUAGCCAAUGCACUAAAGGAGUCUGCGACAUCACUUAGAGUAUUGGAAAUAGCGGGAAAUGAUAUAACUGCUGAUUCUGCAGUUGUGUUGGCUACGUGUCUGGAGGGUAAGGAGUUUCUCGAGAAGCUCAACUUGGCUGAGAAUGAACUCAAGGAUGAAGGGGCAAUCCGGAUCGCAAAGGCUCUUGAGAUCGGUCAUGACCGUUUGAGGACUGUCGAUAUGAGCUGUAACUCAAUGGGAAGGGCUGGAGCACAUGCGCUGGCUCAGGCUGUUGUGGGUAAACAGGAGUUCGAGCUGUUGAAUAUCAACGGGAAUUUUAUAUCGGAUGAAGGUGUUGAUGAGGUGAAAAAGAUAUUCAAGAAGUUUCCUGAAAAGCUCGACACGUUUGAGGAUAAUGAUCCUGAGGGUGGAGAUGAUGAUGAUGAAGAUGAGAAGGGAUCUAUAGAGGAGAGUAAUGGUGAUAGUGAUGAUGAAAUUGGUUCGAAACUCAAAAACCUUGGUGUUAGCGGGGACGAGUGAAGUCCACAUAUCCCCAAUCAUUCUAAUCCUAGAACUUCCCAUCUUUUGUCAUUUUUUCCAAAUUUAAAUGAGAUUGAGCAGGCUUUAAAAAAAUGCCAUAGCGCAAAUCUUGGAGUUUAUGUAGAACAACUCUACUAGUUCAUUCUGUUGUAAGAUUUUUAGACUUGUAUUGCCAUCGUUUCAAUGCACUCCGUCUAAAAUGCCUACAAUGCUUUUUUGGCAAACAAACAACUUGUGUUAAUCUCUGAUAAUCCAUAGCAAAACGCUAAGGAUAUG